CCUUUUGCUGUAACUGCCAAGCACGGAGCGCCAACUCACUCCCUACAGUUUGCACUGGCAAGCUUGAGAUCCCGAUCGCCAUGGAGCUUCCGUUGACCACGGCCCUCCUCCUGCUCCUGCCUCUACUCUGCUUCCUCUGGCUACGCCGGGACACCAGGAGGCAGACUCGCUCCGACGGCCUCAAGGCCUACCCCAUCAUCGGCACGCUCCCCCACUUCGUCAAGAACCAGCACCGCCUCAUCGAGUGGUCGGCCGGCGUCCUCGCGCGCUGCCCCACCUACACCAUGACCUUCAAUUUCAGGGGCCUCGGCCUCGGGGCCGGCGUCAUGACGGCCAACCCGGCCAACGUCGAGUACGUCGCCAAGACCAACUUUCAGAACUACCCGAAGGGCGAGUUCGUGGUGUCCGUGAUCGAGGACUUGCUCGGUCACGGCAUCUUCAACUCCGACGGCGACCAUUGGCUUUCGCAGCGCAAAGCCGCCAGCUACGAGUUCAACAAGCGCUCGCUGAGGAACUUUGUGGUCAGCACCGUCAGCUCCGAGGUCGUCGAUCGGCUGCUGCCGCUGCUCUCCCGAGCAGAACGGGACGGCCGGACGCUGGACGUGCAGGACGUGCUCGAGCGCUUCGCGUUCGACACCAUCUGCUGCGUCGUCUUCGACGAGGACCCGGCGUGCCUCGCCGAGGAGGACGGACCGGGGGUGGACGGGCGUGCCGAGUUCAUGCGCGCCUUGACUGACGCGCAGAACAUCGUCAUGGCCCGGUUCAUGUCGCCGGUCAAGUGGGCGUGGCGACUCCAGAAGCUGCUCAACGUGGAGCCGGAGAGGCGGAUGCGCGACGCGGUCGCCACGAUCCACGGGUACAUCGACAGGGCCGUCCGCGAGCGCGGCGAGAGGGGGGUGGCCGGGCUGGCCCGCAAGGACGACUUCCUCUCGCGCUUCGCCUCGAGCGGCGAGCACAGCGACGAGAGCCUCCGGGACGUGGUCACCAACUUCAUCGUCGCCGGGCGGGACACGACGUCGUCGGCCCUCAGCUGGUUCUUCUGGGUGCUGUCCGGCCGACCCGACGUGGAGGACAAGAUCGUGUGUGAGGUCCGCGCGGUGCGCGCCUCGAGCGGGGAGGGGGAAUCGGAUGCGGCGUUCGGCUACGAGGAGGUGCGUUCGAUGCAGUACCUGCACGCCGCGAUCACGGAGUCGAUGCGGCUGUACCCGCCCGUGGCCAUGGACACGCACUGCUGCCAGCGCGAAGAUGUCCUGCCCGACGGCACGUUCGUCGGCAAAGGAUGGCAGGUCACCUACAGCGCGUACGCCAUGGCGCGGCUGGAGGAGCUAUGGGGCGCGGACUGCACGGAGUUCAGGCCGGAGCGCUGGCUGGACGAGGAGGGGGUGUUCCGGCCGGAGAGCACGACCAAGUACCCGGUGUUCCACGCGGGGCCGAGGAUGUGCCUCGGCAAGGAGAUGGCCUACAUACAGAUGAAGUCCAUCGUGGCCGGCGUGCUGGAGAGGUUCAGCCUCCGGCACGUCGGCGGCGAGGGCCACCCUCGGCUCGUCAUGUCGCUGACGCUGCGCAUGGGAGGUGGCUUGCCGAUGCAGGUGAAGAACAGAACAGGGGGAGCUAGAUAGGCUACUUGCAGGAGUCCACUUCGUCACAAGUCAACAAUGCUAUGUACUACUCCAUUUUUUUUCCGGGCAAAUCAGAGAGCUUU